GCGAUAUAAAUGUCGCAUCCCGCAUUCGUGUUCUGCAUCCUGGUAACCGAGGCAAUGUCUUUUCGGGUUCUUGCAUUCUCUGCAGUUCUUUGCUGUGUCCUGGCACGGAGAGUGCCCAGGCCGCAGUUAGACGAACACUGGGAAAUCUACAAGGGCGUACACAGCAAGGAAUAUGUACCAGGAGAAGAACACGACCGAAGACUCAUCUGGGAAGACAACUUGGACUUCAUCCGGAGGCACAACCUAGAGUAUGACCUGGGGCUUCGGACGCACACGGUGGCAGUCAACAGUUUUGCUGAUUUGACAUCGGAGGAGUACCGCCAGCUUUACCUCGGCUACCGUCCGAGCGAGAGAAAGAAGACUGCACUGGGUGUACACAACGAAGCUUCAUUGCACGAUAUUCCGGACGAGAUCGACUGGCGUGAUUAUCACUAUGUAACUCACGUGAAAGAUCAGGGUAAGUGUGGUUCCGGUUGGGCAUUCUCAGCGAGUGGAGCUCUGGAAGGGCGGCAUUUCGGGGACACGGGAAAUCUAAUCCGCCUCAGCGAGCAGAACCUGGUGGAUUGUGAUAAUACGUCAUCAGGCUGCGAAGGAGGAAGCAUGGUUAACGCUUUUGAAUACGUGUUCUACAAUGGUGGUAUCGACACGGAACUGUCAUAUCCGUACACGGCUCGUAAAGGAAGUUGCAAGUUCAGUAAAAGCAAUGUAGGAGCUGUUGACCGAGGAUAUAUGGGCAUCGACCAGAGCGAAGAUGCUCUAAAGAGUGCCGUGGCCAUACAUGGACCCAUUGCUGCAGCUAUCGAUGCCUCUCAUCGGUCCUUCCGAUUCUACAGUGGCGGCGUUUACAACGAACCUCACUGCAGCUCUCAUAAGCUCGACCAUGGGAUCCUUGUCAUUGGCUACGGUACAGGGGGUGAUGGCGACUACUGGUUAGUCAAGAACAGCUAUGGAAUAGGCUGGGGAGAGAACGGCUACAUCCGCAUGAGCAGAAACAAGGACAACCAAUGCGGCAUCGCAUCCGAUGCAUCUUACGUCAUAGGCAUAAGCAGCAACAUAGACUGGUAACAAUGGGCCGCUCAGGUUACAUGCGACACACACACGCACGAUAAGAUAUAUCAGAAAACAAUGGAAAUCAUGUAUCGAUAGUGUGAACAAUGGGUUCCAGGUUUCAAUAACAUGCGCCGCCAGGAUAAGGUAAGGGUUAACUCAGGUAAACAAUGGGAACUCACGUGUCGAUAGUGUUUGAUAGGCACCUGGACGCACAUUUAAUGACUUUUAUUAACACGCAAUGACAUGUAAUAACACGCAAAUGACAUGUAAUAACACGCAAAGGACAUGUAAUAACACGCAAAGGACAUGUAAUAACACGCAAUGAUAUGUAAUAACACGCAAAAACAUCCGAUGACGCCGCCUGUAGUUUCGGUUUCGGUUUCAAAUAAAUGGACGCCAAGCUUGGUUGCUCCACGUGUA